AUGUGGAAGCUACCAGCUCGCUUGUCAUUUGCGAUGUACUUGAUUCAUUUACCCAUCAUAAUGGUUGCAAAUGGCAGCUGGACGCACACUUACUAUUUUAGGAGUAAUGAAGUUUUUUACCGAUUCUUGUCCGACUUGAUGCUGACAUUUAUUGCUGCCUUCAUUCUUUGCAUUCUGAUUGAUGCUCCUUUCUCUACGCUGCAGAAGCUUCUGAUGGGUGCAGGUAAAAAGAAGCCACAAACCGGCGUCAAAACAGAAUCUCGUGACGCGUAUGAGGAGAAGACUCAGCUCUAAAUCACUAUCAUCGUUAAAAUAAAUUUCUUAAGACGAUUUACAUAAGACUGAUUUUAAAACAAUAGUUUAAUGUUAGUAUUUAACUUGAUGAAGACGAGAAUUGGGUUUGAAGCAAUAUUAUAACUAUGUUUUUAUUUAUUUUUAAGCAUUUAACUGCUAGAUGUUUAAAUCUAAACAAAAGUUUACUAGAAGAAAAUCCACGCUGACCAGGCAGCGGACGGGACUCGAACCCGCACCCUUCGCAAUCCGGGCGAAUGCACUGACCAUUAUGCUACCACGGCCCUAUUCGCCGCGUCGAAAUUUUAGCUGCAAGGCAGCGCCAUCUCUUCGCAUUGCUAUUUCUUCUUUCAAAUGUUUAAUACUUGAAAAAGUAUUCAUUUGACAUUGUGGAUUACCUACAAUGCGAAGAGAUGGCGCUGCCUUGCAGCUUAAGGCUAGGAAAAUUUCGAUGCCUUGGUAGCAUAAUGGUCAGUGCAUUCGCCCGGAUAGCGAAGGGUGCGGGUUCGAGUCCCGUCCGCUGCCUGGUCCGCGUGGAUUCUUUUCUAGUAAACUUUUCUUUAAUAUUAUAACUAGACAAUUUCGUCCUUUUCUGUUGCAAUUAUUAAUUAAGUAGUAGCUACUAUUAAUGUAUUCUCAUGAUUAACUGAGUGUUAGAUUAUGUGUAUGAUGUGAAAUAAUACUUUUUUUGGCAAUAUUUUGUUAGAUAAUUUGUUAUAAAUUGAGUUAUCGAGCAAGAACUUUAAUGUGAUAUAAUAUAAUUAAUUUUACUGAAAGUAAAGAGUUCCCUAUGAUUUCAUACAAAACUUGAGAUAAGAGCAAUUUAUCUAGAAGGCAAGAACAAUCACAAUUAUCAUUAUGAUAAUUUUGAACACUUCAGUAGUAGCAGAGAGAGAAAUAGAAGAGUAUAAAGUAGAUAUAGUAUAUUAUUAUACCGCUAUGUCAUUUGUAAAUAAAUAUGUUAGGCUGUCGUUUUGACUAAAAUAUGUUAUUAAUAAUAAUUCUUCGAUUAAAAUACACAAUAUGUAAUGAUUGCUAAUUUUGAAAGAAGUUCAGAUGUCAU